CGGCGAGCGCCGGGCAUCUGUGACCGAGUCUCCCGGUGCUCUUCUGAGGCCGAACUCUGGCCCCCGGCCUGCCCCGCUCCAGAUGAAGUGUGAGCACUGCACGCGGAAGGAAUGUAGUAAGAAAACAAAAACCGAGGACCAAGAGAAUGCAUCAGCUGAAGUAUCGAGUCUGGCCCAGGAGAACGGAGAGAAGGGAGAAUUCCGUAAAUUGGCCGACGCCAAGAUCUUUCUGAGUGACUGCCUGGCGUGUGACAGCUGUGUGACGGCGGAGGAAGGAGUCCAGGUUUCCCAGCAGAAUGCCAAGGACUUCUUUCGAGUUCUGAACCUUAAUAAGAAAUGUGAUCGCUCACAGCACAAAGUGCUGGUAGUGUCCGUGUGUCCUCAGUCUCUGCCUUAUUUUGCCGCCAAAUUCCGCCUCAGCGUGACGGAUGCAUCUAGAAGACUCUGCGGCUUCCUCAAAAGUCUUGGGGUGCACUAUGUCUUCGAUACAGCAGUAGCCGCAGACUUCAGCAUCCUGGAGAGUCAGAAGGAGUUCGUGCGCCGGUACCAGCAGCACAGCAAGGAGGAGCCCGCGCUGCCCAUGCUCACCUCCGCCUGUCCCGGCUGGGUCCGAUAUGCCGAACGGGUGCUGGGCCACCCUGUUACCCCACACCUCUGCACCGCCAAGUCUCCCCAGCAGAUCAUGGGCUCCCUGGUGAAGGAUUACUUCGCCAGACGGCAGAACCUGUCUCCAGACAAGAUCUUCCACGUUAUCGUGGCUCCUUGCUACGAUAAGAAACUGGAGGCCCUUCGAGAAGACUUGCCCACCACUUCCCACGGCUCCCGGGGUGCUGACUGCGUGUUAACCUCAGGUGAGGUCGUUCGGAUGAUGGAGCAAAGUGACCACGCGGUGAGAGAUGCUGCCGUUGACACUCUGUUCGGAGGCCUGAAGGAGGAAGAGGAACAAAGAUUUCCAGGAGGUCACCCUCGAAAAGAAUGGGGAGGUUCUGUUACGCUUCGCUGCUGCGUAUGGCUUUCGAAACAUCCAGAACGUGGUUCUGAAACUGAAGAAGGGCAGGUUCCCAUAUCACUUCGUGGAGGUGCUCGCCUGCGCUGGGGGCUGUCUGAGCGGCAGAGGCCAAGCCCAGACCGAGGACGGGCGGGUAGACAAGGCGCUGCUGCGGCAGAUGGAAGGCAUCUACGCGGACAUCCCUGUGCGGCCCCCGGAGACCAGCGCCCACGUGCAGGAGCUGUACCAGGAAUGGCUGGACGGGGCCGACUCCCCCAGAGUCCAGGAAGCCCUGCACACCAUGUACCAGGGCGCAGGGCUCCCCGCGGGCAGCCGGGACAUCAAGUGGUAAAGGUCGAGCCGGCUGCCAGGGAGGGAGGCACAGCUGAGCGCGGGCCCGAAACCCUGCAGGAAAACGGCUCGGCUUCUCGGUUGCUACCUUGGUUUUCAGAAUUCUCUACCCUCUUUGCUGGUGGUUCCCUCUCUGUUUGAUGUGGUGCUAUCUUUGUGACGCGUGCGACUGGAGGGAGUAUUUUGACCUGAGAGAAGGAUUGCCCCAAUUUAAGUAUCCUUUUAUCUUAAGACUGAACAAUAUCCCAAAGAACAAGAAUGAAGACAAACCACUAUCUUUUAGGCUUAAAAGAAAUCCAAAAAGUGUCCUGUGAAGAACUAAGACCCCAGAAGCUCAGGCUCGUCUGCCUCAGAGAGACGGCGUGAGGAGGUGACGGGAGGCGGCCGCUGUGGGGUCUGCCCGAUUCGGCUCUCAUUUUUACCCACUUCACGUUACUCCUGAAUGUUUUUGCCAGAAUGUGAGUCAGUCGCGUCCUUUUGGAAUUGGGAGCGGAUACACAAGUCUGGAUUUCCAGCUUUCCUGGCAGCAGUGGGCCACGUGUCUCAGCAGCCCCUCCUGGGACCAGACCUCUAACCCAGGGGCUCCGUGGCUGCGGGUGCUGUAGGGCCCAGACACGCACCCACCCGUUCAGCCGUUAAGGGGAGCGCACCGUGAGGCGGGGGAGGCCUGGCGAGGCUGCCGGCUCUCUAGGGACGGGAGGACGGAGGAGGGAGACGGGGCAGAGAUGGGCUACCCGUGUAGGCCAGGCCGUGCUAUCGAGGGGCGCUCCCCUCCGUCCGUCCUGAUGCCGCUGCGGUCCUGCCUCCCCCCAGCCUGUGCUUCCUGAGGGGCGCUCGGGCAGCCCGUGCUGCACCACAGAGAAGGAAAGGGGCGAACGGUAGCCCCACAGGCGGGGCUGGCAGCCGCCGGAACACAGACGCGCUCUCCAGGCCCGGGCUCGUCCCCAAAGUGCGAGACCUCCGCAGAGGGCUCGGAUAUCGGGAACCCGAAUGACAACGCUCCUCUCAACCCCUCCAUGCCGUGAAGCCUCCGCUUCCCUCCGUUUCCUCGUGUUGUGUGUCGUGCUGUGGCGCGUACCUGUCCGGGCUGGUGGCUGCGUGUGGCGUGAUUGUACAUUUCUUUCUCUCUGUUCGUGACCGGGUUCAUCCUCUGCGGUCACGGAUGAUGGAAUAAACAGCUGAAGGAUGGGUC